UCACGUGACCAGGAGUCGACGUGUGCAGAAGUCCUUAUAGUCCAGGGCCUGUUUCCCUGUAGCAGCUCCCUAUUGCUGGAGGAGAAAAGUGCCCCGGAUCCUUUCAGGACUCUUGGUCUUUUGGGAGCGACCCAAAUCGAGUGAGGGAAGAGGGAGGAAAAUCCCCUGGAUCCCUGCAGGAUUAAUUUAUUCAGGAAGGAAAUAAGAGAAAAAUACUCAACAUGCAAAAGUCUUGUGAAGAAAAUGAAGGAAAAGCACAGAACAUGCCAAAGGCUGAGGAAGACCGCCCUAUGGAAGCUGUACCACAGGAGGCAGAAAGAAAUCCUCUACCUUCUGAAGAAGGUGUAAGCCAGGAAGCAGAAGGAAACCUUAGAGGAGGGCUGACUCAGCCUGGUCAGGGAUAUAAAGAGGACACUCCGGUUAGGCAUUUGGACCCAGAAGAAAUGAUAAGAGGAGUAGAUGAGUUGGAAAGGCUUAGGGAAGAGAUAAGAAGAGUAAGAAACAAGUUUGUGAUGAUGCAUUGGAAACAAAGACAUUCACGCAGCCGUCCUUAUCCUGUGUGCUUUAGGCCUUGAAUUCUUUUUUUUUUUCUGUCUGAUAUUAAAAUCUGGCCCCUGCUUUCUUUCUGUUAGCA